AUGAAUGGUUACAAUAGUGCACAGUAUCAUGAAGAUGGUAAAAUACCAUUUGAGGAAGCCUUAGAAAAAGCAGGGUUCGGCCUGUUCAACUUCCUGUACACGUCGCUGAUCGGCUUCAUCAUCAUAGCCUUCGUGUUCGUCUCGUACGGCAGCACCAUCAUCGUCCCCGCUAGCGCAUGCGAGCUUGGCACUACAGCUACACAGCGGGGCAUGCUUGCAGCCGCACCAGUCAUUGGUCUUCUAUUGGGGGCGGUGCUAUGGGGCUAUUUGGGAGACACACGAGGACGCCGGCGCAUGUUACUGGUGACGCUUGUGUGCGCUGGUAGCAUCAACAGCCUGGCCAGCAUCUCCGUCAACUGGAUCAUGCUGCUCGUGCUGCAGUUCAUCGCUUCCAUAUUUGCAUCUGGUCUAUAUUCUUUAUCGAUGACAUUACUGAGUGAGACUGUUCCAGUGACGAAAAGGAAUCUCGUACUUUUACUGGUCACCAGCAUAUUCUUGCUGUCACAAGGACUAAUGGCAGUGCUGGCGAUACCUAUUAUACCUCUGAGUUUCUCCAACUAUCUUCCUGCCCUGGACAUCUUCUGGAAUUCUUGGCGUACCCUGAUGUUGGUGUACUCAAUGCCCAGUCUCAUCACCGCACUUUGCCUCUUCUUUCUGCCAGAGAGUCCUAAGUUUGUGUUGUCCCAGGGUGAUGAAGACAAAGCUUUAGAAAUUUUAAGAAGAAUAUACAGGAUCAAUAACAGGGGUUCGAAGGAGGAAUACCAAGUGAAAGGUGUUAUAAGAGAAACGGAAAAGAAAGAGAAAGCAUCAAUGAAAGACCAGAUUGUGCCUUUGUUUAGAGCACCGCUGUUGAAGUUCACAAUUAUAAUGACCUCACUCUUGAUAUUCCAGCAAGUGGGAGCGUUGCUAGUCUGGUUGCCGACUGUAGCAAACCAAUUUAUGCAGAUGUUCGCGUCUGACAACUGGGAGGACGGAGGUGCACCCACUGAUCUCACACUCUGUCAGUUCCUGGGCACCGAGAUGGAAGUCAUACCUGAUCCCAAUGAGGUUCCUUGCAGUCUCAAUGUGAAUGCGAUGUUGAUCGUGCUGAGUGUGGCUGCUCUGCAGUCUAUGGUCAAUCUUAUAGUCAGUAUGGUCGUGAAUAAAGUGGGUCGCCGCAACCUGGUGAUGGUGAUCACGGCUGUGUGCGGCACUUGUGGCAUCCUCGUGAACCUGGUGCCCAACACUAUCGCCAGUGGCGUGCUGUACGUGCUGCUACUGGUCGGGAUCAUCGUCGUCGGUCUUUAUACUGCGCUGGCGGUGGCACUAUUCCCCACGCAUCUCAGGGUGCUGGCUGUUUCUGUGAUGCUGACAGGCGGCCGUAUCGGCACCUUCGCCUCCAUCCAGAUCCUCAACCUCCUGUUGGAAACGAACUGUGAUGCCGGCUUCUACAUCUUCUCAUCUUUAUUCGCAGCAUCUGCGAUAAUAGCUUUCUUCCUGCCAGACGAGCGAAGAUUAUUGGCACCUCAGCAGAAACAAGAUGAUGAUGAUGAUGAAGAGAAAACUGAAUUAUAG